AAGCUUAUGUCCACCGCCCAACCUGCCCCAGCCCAUCGUGGCCCUCCACCAAAGAAAAUGCUACAACUUCAACUCUCACCGACUCAGUUCACUUUGACUUAAAUGCUCAACUCUCAACAGUCAACAGUGAACUCUAAAUCGAAUCUGAAGUGACGGUGCUCAUCCGCCGAAAGAGACAUUACGGGAGACAGAUGGCGUUCUCUAACUGGAACACUGUGGGAAGUCUGGUUACUCCGGCUGUGGAGAAAGAAGACUUUUUACCCAGCAAAAGAUCAGUCAUGGUUGCUACCAAGAUAAAGACAGCUUUUGUUCCUCUUCAGGUGAAGUGCGAGAAAAGACAUAAAUCAUUGACAACAAAAUGCUUUGCUGUUUCACGUAGAGAUAUGAUGCAAUGUCUAACUGCUGAAGUUCUUGGUCUUGCCCUUCUUCCAAAACCUGCCAUAGCUCGUGUUAGUAGACUCGAGAUGAGGAAAAAGAUAAUGGAGAAGCUUGAGGAGCUUAGGGAGAAGGCUGGGCUAUCUAAGCCAAAAACUGAGAAUGAGAUGAAGUCUCCAACAAAACCGUCACCAAAGGAUAAGAAGUCUCCAACUUUGCCACUGCCACCUCCAGAAAGCGCAGUUCAACUGUUGGUGGAAGUAACCCUCAGCAACAUCCCUCCUUCAAAUAAUGCUUUGUGAUAUUCUCAGUAACAGGUUCGAUCAUGGUGUCAAUUUACCUUCAGUUGCUCUGAAUGUCAAAAUGUCAGUUAAUACAGUGAAAGUAUGGGUCAUCAUGAAGAGUAGCCCUGGUUUCCGCGAAAGCCUGAUUAAAUAAAGACUUGAAUUUUCUGUGUCAAAAAAAGAAAAGACUACAAUUUCCUGGAAAAUAAAUGUAUGUAUCUGUCAAAAGUCCGGCAGUACUACGCCAGAAUUUCGUUUCUGAUGAAAAA